AAAAUUAAGGGAAAUAACUCUCAUUGCACACAUUUUAUUAAAGCAGUAAGCGGCAGUUAAUCGAAGUUACAUCCCAUCACCAGAUGUGUGAGUCCAUGUGUUCUUGAUUCCGUUCUAUCUUCUGGUUCCGUGUCAUUACUCAAUCUGAUAUUACUAUGGAUGGUAGCAACAUUAUAGAUUUUAGAAAUAAAAGAAUUUUGGCUCCAAUGGUUAGAGUUGGCACUCUUCCCAUGAGGCUCCUGGCACUUGAUCAAGGUGCUGACCUUGUAUAUUGUGAGGAAAUUAUAGAUUUCAAAAUUAUUAAUGCUAAACGAUUUGAAAAUGAAACAUUGGGAACUUUGGAUUUUACUUUAUCUGAUGGCACUGUUGUAUUCCGUACCUGCAACCGAGAGAAAUCCAAAGUCAUUUUCCAGUUGGGAACAGCAGAUGCGAAACGGGCUCUUAUAUCUGCCAAAAAAGUAGAAGAUUGUAUCGCUGCUGUUGAUGUCAACAUGGGCUGUCCAAAAGAGUUUUCUAUAAAAGGUGGAAUGGGAGCUGCACUUCUGAAGAAGCCAGAAAAAGUUAAAGAGAUUUUAACCACACUUGUUAACAACUUAUCUAUACCGGUGACAUGCAAAAUUCGAGUCCUUCCUUCUCUGGAAGAUACAUUAAAUCUAGUCAAGUUGAUUGAGAGUACAGGAGUAGUAGCUAUUGCCAUUCAUGCUCGCACACAAAGUGAACGCCCAAGACAUCCAAAUCGUAAUGAUUAUAUUAAGAAAAUAUCAGAAAGUCUAAAAAUACCAGUUAUUGCUAAUGGAGGCUCUAAAGAAAUUAAUUGUUACAAAGACAUAGAACAAUUUUGGAAAGAUACUGGGGCUUCUUCUGUUAUGUUAGCAAGGGCUGCUCAGUGGAAUGUUUCCAUCUUUAACAAGAAUGGCAUGUUGUCUCUGCCUGAAGUCAUACGAGAAUAUGUGAAAUAUGCAAUUCGCUAUGAUAGUCAUUAUGCUAAUACUAAAUACUGUGUGCUUCAAAUGAUGCAUGAAGAUAUGGAUAUGGAAGAAGGUCAAAAAAUGCUUGGAGCAAUGUCCCUCCAAGAAAUAAGUGAGAUUUGGAAUCUGUCUAAGUAUUAUGAAGAAACACUGAAAACACGCCAGAAAAGGUCUCACAACUUGGCAUUGAAACGGAAGUGUGAAGAGGAGCCUUUAGUGAAAAAGAGAAAAGCAGAAGAUGGUAAAACCAUAAUAGAAAUGGCUAUACGAUAUAAUAAGAGAGAUUACCCACUGGCCAUUACUCCAAAGAUGAGAUUAUUUGAGUGGACUUGCCGAAAUAAAAUGAAAGCCCCAAUAUACUGCACAGUUGAACGACCUGAUGAUCGAUGUUUUCACACUGUUCUGACUGUAGAAGACACAAAAUAUACUACACCCUUUUGGGAAAAGUCAAAACAACUAUCUGAACAAAAUGCUGCUGUAGUGUGUUUGUUAGUGGCUGGAGUCCAUGAUGGGAGGAAAGAGGGUAUUGGAGAGGAAAGAAGAGUUUUUUUGGACCAGUGGCAAAAGCUUGUCAACUCAGAGAAUGAUCAAAAGGAACGACUUGAUAAUGAAUCAAUUGUAAAUGAAGGGAAAAUUAAAACGAAUCCAGAACUGUCAACAGAUGAGUCUACUUUAUCUGAACAGAUUGAAAGUCAUACAUCUAACAACAUUAGUCAGGAAAUUAACUCCAACAGUUGACAUAUAUGAUAUAAAUAGAUUCUUCUUUUAUAAUAAUUUUUUUCAAUAAAGUGACUCAUGUAUAUCUU